AUGCUGCUGUCUGCAGCAGCUGGACUGGGGCCAGCGCUGCAGCGGGCCUGUCUGUGCCUGGUGGGGGGAAUCCAUGUGGGCAUCCACCUGCGGCAUGUAUGUGUGGUGUGCGUGAUGCCCUCGCCCUCGCCCUCGCCCUCGCCCAUGCCUGCCCAUGCCCAUGCUGGCGGGUCAGCGGCCGUUCGCAGUGCGCAUCCCCCUCGGCCUGCUCGACUGGCCCGCGACGGCGGCGGAGCCAGAGCGAUAGGAGAGAGAGCCCAGUCAGGAGACGGUCUCGCCCAUGGGCUUGGUGCUGCUGGUGCUGCCCACACAGUCAGACACGGUAUUGACCAUCGACACGCAGACACGCCCACAGACUACCACGCUACACGCUACACACUACACACUACACACUACACACUACACACUACACACUACACACUACACACACGACAGAGACAGACAGGCGACAUGCACAUCGCCAUCGCCGUCGCCGUCGCACCUUCUCCUGGCUUCGUCCGCCUGCUUCUGUGGCUUGCCACUAUACAUCACGCUAGAAGCCUUCGUCGGCUCAUUGGAAUCGCCCUCCUCCCGCCGGCUCGCCAUCGAGUCAGGCUCGCCUGGCAAACUUUUGCCUUGGGCGUGCAUACGACGGACAAGCUCCGCUUCUAG